AUAUUUGUACAAUUCAAUAAAAUUACAAUGAUGUCUUUUGACCUUAAUCAUAAGCUGUGGGUAUCCACCAGAAAGGAUAUUGGGCAACUCAUCAAGAAGCAGAAUCGCUUGAAGAAACUAGAACCCCCCGAGGAGAAGGCAAUCUCGUUUAAAAUAUUUUCAGAGCUUUACGUGUUGUAUGUGGAGCUGGUCAACAAGUUGAGUUUCAUCUAUCACAACACUUUUCAAGUGCAAAAACGAGCUGUGGUACGCGUUCUUGUGGAGAGUGCCACACAGCAGCUGAUGAGACUCAAGGAGGAAUUGAAGGGCAUGGAGUUGAGCGAAUACGUUUACAUAGACAAAGCAUUGGUUGCUCGAAAGCUCACCCCUCGGGAUCUGAUUAUAUGGAGAUCACCUCAGUUUCUAUACCGCCGUCCUUUGGAUGCUCAAAAUAUUGUAGCUGACAACAAGUUGUACAUGAAUGAUAUGGAAAAGGAGGAGAAGGCAGCCCAGGACUGGGUCAAAGUUACUGAAGCAGUGACGCUGAUUCAGUCACACGAAAGGGCGCGCCGGGCUCGUGUGUACAAGUCGAAUAUAAAGUUUGAUAAAAACAAGUUUCUCAAGGUGAUGCAGCGAAAAAAAAUCAACUAUAAAUUUACCUUCAAGCCGGAUCAGGCCAUGAGCAUCCCUGUCAAGAGAACUAUCUUCUCGGCCGACUUCUUAAAGGACUUUGAAUCAUGCGAAAACUUGAGAGCAAAAAUGGAAGUAUUGGAGCCGUCAAUUGAUGAUGAUGAAGUGGAAAGGCAAAACAAACGUCGAGACGCUGCAGCUCGUAAGAUACAAGCUAGGUGGAGGGGCUACAGGACAAGAAAGAUUGUGAAAAUAAGGAGAAGAUUCAAAGAAGAAUUAUACGGAAUGAGAAAACUCAGAAAGCUAAAUCGGCCGGACCGUGCUGCGAAUUCAGUUCUCGAGAUGUAUAAGAAGGAGAUGUUGAAGAAGAAGCUUGACGAGGAAUAUGUUCAAUUAAUCACUGAUGAACGCACGAGGAUACUGCAAAUGCGAACUCCUUGGAUGAUGGAAGAUAUUUCCGAUCACAUACGUCACUGGUUUCAAGACUUCUAUGACAAGACUGGCAACUUCCACCCAUACCCCGAUCCGGUCAAAACUGGCACCAUUUUGGUUGUCAUCGAUGAAACAAUGACGCCAUUAGAGUUCCAAGAGACCCUAGGGAAAAAGCCCAUGACCAAAGCGGAGCGCCAGAAGUUGGCAGAAAAGAAAAAGGCAGAAAAGCAAAAACUAAAGGACAAAAUUCGCAAGCAGAAAAUGAAGGAUGCGAAACGCAGGAAAAAACUAAAAGAUGCUGGAAUAAUUGAUGUUGCCUACGAAAUAACUUCAAGCAAAGCUAUAGCAAAUAUUGAAGAGACAAUGAAGCAAUUUGCACUUGAUUGGAGAAACAUUGAUGAGUACCUCAACAAAAAUCACGAUCCAAUCAAAGAUUGGAUCACAGAGGAAGAGUUGGCAAAGAUACAUCAAGAGCUGAGAGGAUUGGUUGAUGAAUAUAUGAGGGUAGAGUACGAGCUGCUUAGAGAAGCUUUGGCCAAAGAUACCAAGACCAAAUACAAGGCUCAAAAAGUGAGGAAGGCCAAACUUAAAAAGGAGAAAAAGAAGAAAAAGGUCAAGGAUAUGACAGCCGAUCGAACGCUUGAUUCAUUGUACCAAGAACUGAAAGAUGAAGGCAUCAUUGAGGAUGUUUCCCACAAAGAUUUCGAUGAAUUUAUAACCGACUUUAAUUUUGUUGCCGAUGACACAAGAGAUGAAGAUGGCUUAACAACUUUGGGUCCGGCCAAGGGGGAUGUCAAAAUGAUCGUUCAGGAAUCAAUGCUGGGCAUGGGAGAGUUCGAUAUAGAGAAACCAAAGUCUAUUUUAUUAAUUGGACCACUCAACAGUGGCAAAAGACUAAUUUGCAAUAUAAUUGCCUCCGAAUUGGAUGCUGUGUUUAUAAAUCUUAGUCCAGAAAAGGUCUUUAAGUUUGCGGAUAGAAUGAAGUAUUUCCUGCAUGUUGUUAUGAAAGUGGCAAAAGCCUUUCAGCCAGCCAUAUUAUACAUCGAAGAAGCACAUCGUUUGUUCUUGAAAAAGGUUCCGCCUGAGCUGAAGGAAAUUAAUCCAGGGCUCCUUGGUCCCUCCAUCUCGAAAGCUAUAUUGAAAAAUAUAAAAAAAUCGGACAAGAUUGUUCUUUUGGGGACGAGCAACAUGCCAUGGUCUGCGAAGGGAAAGUUCAAGAAAGCGUUCCAAAAAGUUCUGCUUAUACCAAAGUGCGACUAUGGCACAAGCUUCCUACUUUGGCUGGAACUUAUGACAGAAAACGUAGAGGAUAUGGAGGAGUAUGCAUACUCUGCACUGGCAAGAGUCUUGCAGGCAUAUAACUCUGGUGAAAUUGCACAAAACAUAAGUCAGACACUAGAUGUUUCGCGAAGAAUGAGGCUUCGAAAUGAAGCCAUAGAUCCCAACGAAUUUUUGGAGUAUUUCUUGAGCAAAAAUGAAGAGCCAACCUUUCCGCCAGAUCAAAAGAGUUACUACUCAAGGAGAUCGUAUUGGCAAUUUGCUCUAUAUUUCUUUGCGCUUGCCGUAUAUUGCAUAGAUGGCUCUUUCAUAUUGCCCGAGAACGAUCCACCCACAACUGCUCCGAAAUUUCUAUCUAGAGGUCACCUUUAUAAAGUCAUUGUGGGGGAAACAAUAGAGCUGCCAUGCAAAGUACAAAAUCUUGGCUCUUUUGUGCUAUUGUGGAGAAAGGGUUCAUCCGUGCUUACCGCUGGGCAUCUGAAAAUAUCCAGAGAUCAACGCUUUAAAAUUGUCGGCGAUUACAACUUGCAGAUCAAUGGAGUUAAGACGCAGGAUGCCGGGGACUACAUAUGCCAGCUUGGAGAUCAAGAAAAUCGUGACCAAGUCCAUACAGUUGAAAUCUUGGUUCCACCAACUCUAAGGGCUCUGCCACAUAAUGGACAAGUGACUGCACGAAAGGGAAGCACUGUCACAUUGGAGUGCAAAGCAUCUGGCAAUCCAGUGCCAACAAUAUUCUGGUUCAAGAAAGAUGUGUUUUCUGGACCCACUCAUCUGUCGGAUAGUUCCACAUUGAUAUUGGAGAAUGUGGACAGACACCAUGCCGGCACAUAUCAGUGCUCAGCAGAUAAUGGUGUCAAGGAGCGAGUUUCCAUGGACAUACAGCUAACGAUAUUAUCUCCCCCCGAGAUUACAGUUGAAAAAUCCUGGGUUCAUGCUGCCGAGGGAUAUGACGUGGAGCUGGUCUGCAUUGUUCACGGUGAUGUGAGCUCUGAGAUGUUGUGGUACCAAAAUUCAUUUUUACUGGAUCCCACUGAUCGCCGUUCCAUGUACCCACGCGAUGAUCGCUACAGCCUUAUUAUACGCAACUUUCAACCCACUGAUUUCGGCAAUUACAGCUGUGUUGCUGACAAUGCACUGGGCAGAACUAAGAAAUAUAUUGAAGUGUCCGGCCGUCCGGGUCCAGCUGACUUUAUAUCGCCCGCAUUGAGCGGAUUUCUCGAUCACUACAACCUCACUUGGGCAAUCGAGUCUGUGCCGCCAUUGGAUGAGAUAAAACUAUUGUACCGGCGGCUUUUGAUGAAUGAAACGUAUCAACAUCCUGGCAAAUGGCACGAGUACCACAUCAAGCCAACGCCAAUAAGGACAGACGGAUCCCACUACUUGAUGUCGUAUGUAGUCAAAAAUCUGGAACACAAUGCCGUAUACGAAGCGAUUGUUCAAGCUAAGAAUAAAUAUGGUUGGAAUGAGAUCAGCGAUAUUCAUCAAUUUUAUACGCGAAAUCAUGACCUUCUGCUCGACAUCGAUAUGGAAUAUAAAAUGGGAGUUUCAAGCAAUAAUAGAAUAGUUCCAACUAUCUGUGGCAUUAUUUUAUGCAUAUUUGCGUUGGUAUUCAAUCCUAUCAUCAGUAUUUAAAAUAUUGCGUUCAGUAAUCAUUUUGCAAAAAUAUAAUUUAAAAGGUGCCUUACUAAAACUUUAGCAAAUAAUUAUUCAUAUUUAUACGUAUGUAUAUGGAUGUAUAUGUACACUAAGAAGAACGUAACAUGAUUGAAAUCUGAAUAUAAUAAUCUUAAUCUUAUGUUCUUUAUAGAAAGUUCAUCUCGAAUAGGCUAAACUCUAAAACUCUAUUCAGAAAAAAAAGAAACUAUUGUUUGUGGUGGCAGUCGUUCUUGCAUUCCAUUUUUUGUAGCAAUAACGGCAUAAUGCUUCUAUGAAAUAUAGUUAUUUUAAUAAUUAAUGCAAGAAUGCAAAUACAUACAUACAAGCAUAAAAGAGACCCAUGAUUAUGGGGUGAGCCGAAUAUAAAACCCAACUCCAACAAAUUGGGUAGUUAAAGAAAGUUUAGUCUACGAUAGCAAGUGUCUCUACAGACAGACAGACAAUUGGUCAUGGCUGCAUCGAUUUCGAGUUGAUGCUGGUUAGAAAUAUGUGUACAUAUAUCAUCAUUUAUGUAUAUAUUUUGUUUCAUUAUUGUUUCUUGAAAGAACAUACAUAUGGGUAAGACAUUUAGGGAUAUCUCAGAUCAAGAGAGAUCCCUGCCGCAAAGAUGUAUAAUUUUAUAGUUUUGAUUUUCUCAGACAUAU